GUGAUCUCUCUCUCUCUCACACAGUCUCACUCUCACUCUUACUCUCACUCUCACUCCCACUAGUAAUUCAAUUGUCGGCGAUCUCAGCUAUAAAUACCAUAAUUGACCUUCGCCAUUUCUCAGCACACUCUUAACAUUACAACAUUCUGCACUCAAAAGAUGAAGGGAGUGUUUGUAGUUGCGCUCAUUGCAUUUCCAUUCUUGAUGGCUGCCAAGUUAGCGAGUGGAAGUCACGACUACCAAGACGCGUUGACGAAGGCAGUACUGUUCUUUGAAGGUCAGAGGUCAGGGUUCUUGCCGCAGGACCAGAGGAUGAGCUGGCGUAGCAACUCCGGACUCAGCGACGGAUGGACCUACAACGCCGAUCUCGUUGGCGGUUACUACGACGCCGGCGACAACAUCAAGUUUGGGUUUCCGAUGGCAUUCACCACCACUAUGCUCGCUUGGAGCGUCCUUGAGUUCGGUGCCAUCAUGCCUCCCAAUGAACUCAGAAACGCAAUGCUUGCAAUCCGUUGGGCUACUGAUUACUUGCUCAAGACCGUUUCUCAGCCUAAUCGAAUUUUUGUUCAGGUGGGGGAUCCACGCUCAGACCAUGAUUGUUGGGAGAGGCCUGAGGACAUGGACACAGCCAGGACGGUGUACGCUGUUGAUGCCCCAAACGCGGCUUCUGAUGUUGCCGGUGAAACCGCGGCCGCGCUCGCAGCCUCAUCCUUGGUAUUCUGGUCAACUGACCCGGGUUAUGCAGAAACAUUGUUACGGAACGCUAUUAGUGCCUUCCAAUUUGCAGAUAACUACAGGGGUGCUUACAGUGACAAUGCCAAUGUUAAGUAUAGUGCUUGCCCAUAUUAUUGUGAUUUUGAUGGAUAUCAGGACGAGUUAUUGUGGGGUGCGGCAUGGCUAAGAAGGGCCACGAAGGAUGAUAAUUUCCUCAACUACCUUCAAACCAAUGGCAAAACGCUUGGUGCUGACGACAACAUCAAUGAAUUUGGUUGGGACAACAAGCAUGCUGGCCUCAAUGUUCUUGUCUCCAAGGAAGUCUUUGAAGGAAAUCUAUACUCACUUGAAUCCUUCAAGGCGUCGGCCGAAAGCUUCAUGUGCACGCUCAUACCCGAAUCUCCUAGCUCACACAUAGAGUACACUCCUGGUGGACUUUUGUUUAGGCCUGGAGGGAGUAACUUGCAACAUGCUACUUCAAUUUCAUUCCUUGAGUUGGUUUAUGCUAAUUACUUGGAUCACACGUCACAGUCCCUCAAUUGUGGGAAUGUUGUCGUUAGCGCUCAAACACUUCGGCAACAUGCUAAGAGGCAAGUUGAUUACAUUCUGGGUGAUAAUCCAAUGGGGUUAUCGUACAUGGUUGGAUAUAGCAACUACUAUCCGCAGCGCAUUCAUCACCGUGGCUCCUCUUUACCUUCCAUCAAGGAUCAUCCUCAGUUUAUUGCAUGCAAGGAAGGUUCAAUGUACUACAACUCCACUGAUCCAAACCCAAAUGUGCUUGUGGGAGCCAUCGUUGGAGGACCUGGGGAAGAUGAUGUGUAUGUGGAUAAUAGGGAUGAUUUUAGAAAAUCCGAGCCAACCACAUACAUCAAUGCACCAUUUAUUGGUGUUCUAGCAUAUUUUGCUGCUAAUCCUAACUUCAGUUAAUUUAUAAGUGUCAACAAAUACAAGUUAUUUUUUGUAAAUUAAAGAAAGAUAUAGGGCUAAGAUUAAGAUGUCUCUCAUCUUGAGGGAAUUCAAGAUAGAAGAGGCUUUGGCCGUGUUUUAGAAAUGUAACUGAAUUGAGUUGAAGUCAAAAA